AUGGCAUUAUGUUCCACAGUCGUCCUCCUGCUUCUCUCGUUCGUUCAAGCUGCCUGGGCAGAGGCGAGGUGUCGCAACUCCACAACGAAGGGUGCAUUCUAUUUGCAGGUCCAAACCCGGCAGGGUGUCGGCCAGAGCAGGACGGAAGCAGUGUCGUGGGCAACUGGCCCAUUCGGAGACUGCAUCGUGGAGUGCGGUGUGCCACUGCAAAGGCGCGACGUGCAAUGUCGAACGAUGCACGAUGGGCCAGCCGAAGACACGAAGUGUGAAGGCUUGCAAAGACCUGCUGCCACAAAAGCAUGUGACUGCAGUACGAUGCUUUGCGUGAGCGAAGCGAGCAAAGCCUGCGAGGAGAAGCACGCCAAGGAUUUCAGUACCCGCCUGACGUCUGAUGCAUCUGAAGACGUGCAGCAGGACAUUGCUGAAUGCCUCGGCUGCUUUCCUCUCAGCGAUGAUGAGCUCCAUGAAAGCCUUGAUGCUUACAAUGACAGCUGUGUCCACUGGGACUCACCAAGCCCCUGUCGCAGUGGCUUGCCGUUUUAUAGUAUGCGAUCGCAGGACCUCGACACGUCGCUUUGCCAGAGCUUCUGCACGAGCAAAGGGCUCGAUCUGUCUGGAAUUGUGGGCGGCAAGGAGUGCCGUUGCGGCGCUUCGCGGCUAAAUCGAGCCGUUUGGAUGGGAGCUGAGCCGAGACCCGGACUUCUACUGCCCAGGGAGCCCAUGUCGGAAUGCAGGACAGAGCACAGAGAGAGCUGCCCAAUGCGUGUCUAUCGCUUGCGUGGCCCCUUCCCGAGUUUCGGAGUGCCGCCGACGCACUUGCAACUCAGCGCGCAGGAUAUCAGCUACAUGGAUUCCAUCGUGUCUGGGGGAACCCGCGAUGUCCCGAAGGACAGCAGUCCCGAUCCAGAUCUUGCAUCCCCUUCGGCCACGGCCCCUUCGUUGGUAACAUCGGACUACGAUGCGAGUCUCCCGGGUUAUUCGCGGCCUUGCGACGGUUACGGGAGCUGCGGAGCGGCUCAGAACUGGAGGGACAGACGGGUGCCCACAUCCGGCGAAUGGGAGGAAGUGGUGGUCGUACCUUAUUACUUCGAUGAAGACCCGUACGGCUGCCUCGUGGACCAGACUCGCAAAGAAGCUUUCCGGGUAGCCACAGCCGUAUAUCAUCGGUGGACAUGCAUUAGGUUCGUGGAAGUUGACAGCAACUUUACCGGAGUGGUGCUUCGAGUCGCAAAUUGUUACUCCGGGAGUUGUUGGGCAUAUCUUGGGUAUGGUUCACGCUUGAUUUCUUUCAACCUCGGUUCCUGCAUGAACCUGAACCACAUGGGCGAAAUUCUCCACAACCUUGGCCAUGUUCUUGGCAUGCUGGACGAGCAACAGAGACCCGACGCAACCCGGGUGUAUUUCGGUCGCGGCCCUCACCUUCGAGUCUUUUGGGAGAACAUUCCCGCCUCAUGGUCCUUCCUUUUCACUGAGGUCGAGGAGGCCUACACCGGGUCCGCUUUAGACGAACCUUGGCGGAGUGCUGCCCGGGAUCCUUGGGCUGGAUAUGCACCCUAUGACUUCCGCAGUAUCAUGCACUUCCCUCCGAUGCUAUACGGAUCCCAAAUCUUCGAGACAAUUCCUUCCGCAGAAAUGAUUCAUGUCGGCCAGCGCCAGUCCUUGUCAGAAGGGGAUAUCCUCCAGCUGCUGGAUUCGUACAGGUGCAGGCGGCGCCCUACACCAAUCACCACGACCACGACGACCACCACCACCGCGAUAACCACCACCGCGACCACCACCACCACCACCACCACCACCACCACCACCACCACCACCACCACCACCACCACCACCACCACCACCACCACGAGCAUGUCAUCCGGAGCAGGUGGAUGCAUCCAGAAUCCGGACUGCGCAGUAAACCCAUGGUGCAACGAUCCGGGCUACCAAUCCUGGUGCCCCCUUCAAUCCCCUUGCCCGGCGCCCUGGUGCAUUGGCAGCCAGGGGUGA